UUCACUUUCAAAACAUCAUCUUCGAGUACCGGAAGUUCAUUUUCAAGUCCAGCCCGACAUUGCACAAGCUUUUAGAUAAGCUACUUCCGGGAUUUUUUUUUAUUGUUGAUGUAAAUCCCUUUGAUCCUUUUGUUCAUAUAUGAGAAGAUAAUGGAACCAGCUAGUUCUAACCAAUCAAAAGGCAGUAUAUUCUGUAACAAAGUAAAGACGUUAUUGAUGAGAGCAUGGAGAGAGCGUUGGCAGGAUAACCAUUGGGGAGUUAUGUUAAAGAAGAUGUUGCUUGAUGUACCUGGAGAAGCAAAAGAAUUGACAGAAAUUUUAAUGCAGCAAGCCUUAGUUGGACCAAAUCCAAAUAAUCUGAUUUUAUCAUAUCUGAAGCACAGUGUUACUUCCCAGGUUAUACCUUACAAUACUGCAUUAGGACUUAUAACAAAAUAUGAUGAAUUCUCUAAACCUUACUGUAUACUAGGUCUCAUCAAUAUGGUGGAAAAUAUUGCCACAAAUUUCAGUUUUGUUGCAAGUAUGGAUAAUGGUCUAACCACUUGCCGCUGUUUGCAAAGUACCAUACACUGGUUACUGAUAGAUAUAUUACAAUCACAACAGAGAGUAAAGGAGUCGAGGCAACCACAACAGGAAUACAUCUCUAUCAUUGAUAGAGCCAGUACAGCUAUACAGAAAAUUAUAGAAUUACCAACAGUACAAGCAUUACUAUAUGUGGCUAUGUCAGAUGACAUGGAUAAAUUUAGAGAAUUUGAACAAACAGAAGUGAAUGUACGUGGAACAUUGAGUCAGAUACACAAUGAUGCUUUACCAGCCCCGGCUAGACAGAAAGUGACAGCAAUGUUAAAUUCAUUGUCAAAGAUACAAGAAUUUGCACCUCCAAGUCAGGCAGUAUUAGAAGUGACUACCUUACCAAUAUGUCCAUCCAUCAGUGUGUUAGUUGCCAUAGAAGCCAUACUGAACCCAACCAAUGAUAUACAGCCAUUUGCAGAACAAAUAUCUGUUACAGAGAAACUCAUGAAGUUGACACGGCCCUAUCUAUAUAGUGAGUUGAUUAGGGCCUGUUUCAUGGGUCUUAUAGAUGCUAAUGAAAAGGAUAAUGAAUUAAACUGGGCUGCUUUCACAUACCUAAAGCUUCCACAAGUAGUUGUAAAGAUGAACCAGCAGGCUCCAAGAAAUGAUUUCAGUACAGAUAUAGAGCAAGGCAUAGAUCUACUUCUUAAUUCUGUUCCUCUUUUGGACUUGACUGAUAUUAAACUAAAUUGUGAUUGUGUUCAGUUUCUGUUACUAGAGUUUACUAAGCAUGAUCUGAUUACUGAGAGCCAGUCUCAAAGACUCUUACAUAGAAGGAGCACUGAAUCUGAGAAACCUUCCAAGGCCAGUGAUGUUGCUACAAAACCUACUCCUAGCCUAAUUAUUAAGGCUGAACCUACAGUUGGCAGUAUCUUAAAGACUCUGCAUACAAAUGUCUCUGCUCUGAACAGCUCCAGUGCAAAUACAUUAGAUGCUGACUGUUCUAAGAACCAAGAAGCUUUAAUCAGUGUAUUGUGUCACAUGUUAUCGGGGAAAAGUUUUGAUCUCAUCAUAGCUGCUGCUGCUGCAAACGGAACAUUACAGAAUUUUGCUGUCAAACUUGUCAAGAUAAAUGAGUAUGCUAAACAAGUACAACAAACCCAAGGGGAGAGUUCUAAAGCAGCUCAGAACAGGGCAUUGCUGUUUGAUAUCUCUUUCCUGAUGUUAUGUCAUAUCACACAAUUAUAUGGAUCAGAAAUAGUAACUACAGCCCCUGAUUUCUUUGACACAUUUUUCUAUCAGUGGGCCACACAGUGUUUACCUGAGGAUAGUAAAUAUAAGUGUAUAGAUAACCACACACCUACAGAACAAAAUAAAGUGGACCAGUUACUUGGUAAUCUGCUAAAAGCACAUGAACUGAAUUACAUUAUGACCAGGUGGCAAGAAAUGUGUACCAACAUGCCAUUUGUGGCACAAGAAAUUCUGUUUGCAUGGGAACAUGGUGCCUUAUCUCCUGACAAUGUAAAGACAAUGGUUAACAGAAGUAAAAGUAAAAUGCUAUGCCUCCCUAUCAUCAUGUCAACAUGGUUAUGUAGUUAUAUGAAUACAGUAGGGGAGGAGUCUAGAGAGAAGCCAUUAAAGAUGCUCCAAUUCUUACAGAAUAUCAAUCCUACAGAGGGCGAAAAUCAUUUUAUUGAAAGAUCCCACUUGAUGUCAAAUAUCCUGAGGAAAAUUGUCAAUGAUAUUCUGCCUGUUAACAUGAAGGAUAAGACCAAUCAACACAUACCACUGAAACUGUUACCCUGUGAAGUUCUAGACAAAUGUCUCAAGAAUCUGUUCAGUAAAGGGUGGAUAGAUAUGCAGAGUGUUUAUACACUGGAACAACUUCUCAACCUUUGUGGUGGAGAUUGGUUCAGUGAUAGGGCAGUUAUGUGUAUGUUAGAAGGAAGUCGUUUAGAAGAUCUAAACAAAGCUUUAAGUAUAGUAUAUGCUAUAUUUUAUAUGGAUUUAGAACCUCUGACCUUAAGUCUGAUUCUGCAUACCAUACCUAAGUUUCUACAGUCAUCACAACAUACUAAUCUCCUGACAGAUCCCAGGGGUUAUAUACUGGCAAAGUUAUGUGUCAUGUGUAUAACAUCAGCACAGACAGCCAAGACAGCGGAAAAAGAUAUAAUGUCUCACUUAAGGAGAGGAAGAAAAAGAUCAAGAAAGGAAGUAGAAUUAGAUGAAAUGGAAGAACCAGAAUGUCGUCCAGUUAAACGUAGUAAGACAAUGGAGCCUGAGUUAACGUUAGAUGCAGAAGGAUUUAACUUUGGAGAGUCCAGCACACAAGAUUUCUUGACAGCCAAAGAAGAUGGAGAGACAUCGCCAACAUUUGAUGCUAAAGACCACUUAAAUAAGGCACUUGUUAAUAUGUUCCGAUUGAUGAAUGCUAUAAGUCAGGAGAGGAGUGUGGGUCCACAAAUCAGUUUCAUUGUGUCCUUUAUAGAAGAAGCCAUCAAAUGUGGACCACAGUAUUCAAGAGGUAUCCUGCAGUUUAUGCCUCCUCAAAUGCUGAGUCAGAUCAUGAGAAACAUGCCUGCUGUGUUCACAAAUCAACAGAUACUUCACAUCUGUGACCUUUCAACGUUGACAGGAAGGAAGUGGGCUGCUAAGGCUGUGUGUCAAAAUGCAAGAUAUAAACAUGACUAUGUAAAUAUAGACAGAAACAGCUGAAUAUCAGAUUUAUUUAAAUGUUGAACUCACUAGCUUGAUUUUUAAUCAAGAAUUCUGAUCUUUCAGUAGCAUGUGCAAUGUGACUAGAAACUUUCAUUUGUUUCUGAAGCAUCGUGAUCAUAGUGUAUGAGGAACUAUAUCUAUACCAGAAUGUGUUCAAUACUGUUGUCAAUUCAUAAUUAUGUAUGUUAGGCAGACGUGCAUAAUGAAAAGUAGUAAAUUAGAAGUUGUAUGAUCUCUUCCAGUAAAUACAAAGGCAACACUAGAAUAGUACUUUUUGUACCAGUUUUGUAUCCACUACAGUUUCUGCAGAAUUUGACUGUAUUUGAGAAAUGUUUUGAGAAUCUUUUUUUUCUUAAGCAUUUGCUUCUAUAGAAUCUGUUGCAUAAUUGUACUGGUGCCAUUAAAUUGUCAUAAAUAUGAAAUAAAUGAAGUGCUAUGGUU